AGUGUUGGAGAAGAUAGGGAAGGCAGCAUACAAACUACUUCAGCCUGAUGCUUGUCAAUUACAUGAUGUGUUUCAUGUCAGCCAACUCAAGAAACACUUGGGACAGCAUGCCAUUCCAAGUCCAGAGCUCCCAUUGAAUGACAGCAAGGGCAAUAUCAAGGUGGCAUCUUCAGCUAUCGUACAAAGAAGAAUGAUACCUCGCAACAAUGAACCAGUGGUACAGUGGUUGAUCAGCUGGGUAAACUUGCCAGAAUCUGAAGCCACAUGGGAAGAUGCUGCUUUUGUCAGGAGGAUUUUUCCAUCAUUUCACCCCUGAGGACAAGGGUCUCAGGGGGGCAUUGUCAGGCAAGGUGUUCAAUUAAGUUUUGUCAGAAACAGAUACAAGGGUAGUUGGCGUCCAGUCUACCACUUCGUCGAAUUCAAUUGCUAUUGUCCAGUACACAUCCGACGGUCCAGGACCACGACUCACGGAAGACUGUUAUCUUUCUCUUGUCAGCCAAUGGAACAGUAGUUUAGUUCAUCUUAAACGAUGCUUAAUGUAAUGAUCUCGCCACCUGUAUUUAGGCGCAGAUCGAGCUCGAGGUCGGGCAGGAAGACAAAAGAACUAGCAAACCCUAGGUAGUCUUUAGUGUUAGAUGUAGUCUUUCCCCGUAACAACGACGGCGUAUCUCCACCAGGAAGUUCACACUGAACCUGACCUGGCGGCUGCAGCUCUGAAUUCUACGAUUCGAAGAAGCCAGCGAGGUAGGGGAAGAAGAAGAUCAGGAAGGCUUUGAGUGCAUCAAAAGAAAGCUGCUCCAUCUUCUGCAGCCUCACCUGAUCGACAAAGCCAGCCGAGGCCUCCGCCCCGAGGGCUUCGCUGAGCUUGCCGGUGGCGAGGGUGUCGAUCAAGAUGUUGGGGAUGGGUUCUACGAGCCCGAUGCAGAUGCCGGCUUCGUAGAGGCGCCCGAGCAUGAUGUGCUGAUUCCCAGCAUCGAUCCGGAUGCACGCCUCCUUGUACGCCGCGUCCAUCUUCGCGAGCAUGUGCGACCUGUCCUCAUCUUGCUCCUGCUUGUAGGGGAUGUACCGUCGCUAUGGCCGAACAGCGCGGAGGUUGCUUCCGCCGUCCAACGGCAAUGGAGAGUGACGGGCGGGCUCUGGGUUUGGGAUUUCUACCUGUUCUCCAUUUGAGGAAAAAUUGGCAAGGCGUGUGGUCGGCCGCGAGGCAAACGGGUAAUAUUUAAUUAUUUGCUAUCCUUAUGGGUGGCACCUGCUCACUUGCCAUCCUUAUUUUGGCUUCUAUAUUUUUAUCACCCCUCUACAAUCGAAACUAAUAAAUUGUCAAUUUUGACGACGUAGCAUGCCAAGUCACCAUACCAGCGUAGAAGGGUCACGUGAAAAGACCCUUUACCCCUGCCAUUCUUUCAGCUCAGCUCUCUCUUUCUUCUAACCUCCGCUUCCCUCUCUCCGAUGGCCCGUGCUAGUCACGAGCGCCUCCUAGACCGAGGACGCGCGGUGCAGGGAGUGUGUCACCCGUCACCCAGCCAGUCGCCUGGCUAGCUCUAGCUAGCUUCUCCAUGUUGAUUUGUUGCACGCACGGCAACACACGAAGGCACAUUUUCUUCUCUAAUUUUGGUCUACCAGCUUCAUAAACGGCUUCCACCUCGGUGGAGGCAAAGCCGGAAUUGAUGAUGUUGUUUUGCCAAAUAUUUUUCAAAACGGCUUCAGCUCCACCAAAAAAGCCGCUCCACUAGAGAAGUCGAAACUGUUUUUGGAGGAGCCGCAGCCAUACUAAACGGGACCUUAUUAGUUUAUUCCUCCUGAUUAGAGGCUCCGCUGGCUCUGGCAUUAUGGUAUUCAGCAGGAUCUGCAAUAUGUGAGGGGCAGGUUGGUCAGACUCUGUUUAUGCAGCGCCUUGAUCAUUUCUUAUAUCAAUCCUUCUCAUAUAUGUCAUAGCUAAGUAGAACGAUUGAUGCCUGCAGUUAUCUCAAUCUUGUUCUUCGCCAUGUUGGCCUGCAGUAAUUUUCCCACUGAAAAACCUAUUAAUCUGAAAAGGGCUUUAGGUUCAUUGUUGAUGGUCGUACUUGGCAGUGUUGAUGGAGCUAUUUUAGCAUACGAGACCAACUAAACUAAUAUUUAUCAGGCAUGAAAUUAUUUAUUCUCCUUAAGUAUCUACGCGCUGAACUUAAAUCCACAUUUCACUAUUAACAGCAUCCAAAGACCAAAAUGAAUGGUCAACUCACCCUAUGUAAACAGGCCGCAUAAUUAGGGUUCAUGCAUCCUCCACACGCAAGCCAAUCAGAAAUAAACAUAGAACCAGCUAAUCUUGCCUCUAGAUUUGGGCCUAAAACAAUGUGUUCCAUUGUGGCAAACUACUAUAUAAACACUAGUACCGUGUUGGGACCCUUCACAACGCAAGAAACAAAUGGGUACUCUCGGCAGAGCCAGUGCCUUGCUCUUCCUCACGCUCCUCCGCUCCACUGCAACUCUACCCACCCCUACCAAUGCAAGGCAUUUCCCUCAUAAGGAUGGCAUUAGUGCAAGCGCCAUCUAUGUCAGCAAGUUCUCAUUGCCACCGCUACCCUGGAAGUCUGACAGCAGCCAUGGCUCGGGAAGAGGCCACGGAUUCGGCUGGACCAUUUCACAUAAUGGGUCGGACACAAACAUUGGAUUUGGCGGGGGUGUUGGUGGUGGCGUUGGUACCACUCAUGCUGGUGGUUCUAGUGCAGGUGGCGGAGUUGGCCUUGGGGUCGACAUUGACAUGGGCAAAGGUGGAGUGGAUGUGGGCAUCGGUGUUGGCGGGGGUGGUGCCAUCAGUACCAAAAACGGAAGCACAAGUGUGCGUGCUGGUGGUGGAGAAGGCAUUGGAAUUCACUUCGGCCCAGAUGGUCUGACUGUCACCCAUGAAGGUGGUGGCAACGUAGGUGGUGGCGGUGAUGGUACAUCUAGCAGCGGAAGCGGUGUUGGACAUGCAGGUAAUGCUGUGGGUAGUGGCCAAGGCUCUGGAAAUGCAAGUGGUGGAACAGGCAGUGGUGAAGGGAGUGGAAGUGGCGCGGGACAAGGAGGCUAUGGAGGCGGCGGUGGGGGUGGCACUGGAAGUGGUCGCCAUCCGUGAGGAUUGAUUGUUCUGCGUGUGUGGAGAAAAUAAGCUUGGUUUGUGAUGUAGUGAGUAAGCUUAGUGUUGGAUUGCCGUGUGAAUCAUUAAUCAUGUAAGGUAGGUAUAAGAAUUUAGCGAUGCUAUUAUCUUUCGGUGAAUGAAUAUUUCUUCCGUAGGGAUUCC